AUGGCCGAUGCGUGCUGCAAAUUUACAUACAUUAACAUUGGUGUUAAUGGUAGAAUAAGUGAUGGUGGAGUGUUUCGUGAUUGUACUCUGUCAAAAGCAAUUCAAAACAAUUCGUUAAAUUUUCCACAAUCUCGACCAUUACCAGGAUCCAGUAACAAUGUUCCAUAUGUGAUAGUUGCAGACGACGCAUUUCCACUGUCCACAAGAAUAUUAAAACCUUAUCCACAACGAGGUUUAUCUCACGACAAGAAGAUAUUUAACUAUCGGUUAUCAAGGGCACGACGUAUCAUUGAACAUGCAUUUGGUAUUCUUGCCAACAGAUUUAGAGUAUUGUUAAAUCCGAUAUGUCUGUCACCAAAUAAAGUAGAAAAAAUUACUUUAGCUUGUGUGGCACUACAUAACUAUUUAUGUACAAAUAGUGGACAAUUUUAUACUGAUUUUGACGAAGCAUCAAUUAUCACAUUGGAUACAUGGAAACCACAGGGAACAAAUCGAACUUCCAGAUCAGCAUUAUCUGUGAGGGAUGAAUACAAAAAUUACUUUUGUUCUCCUACUGGCAGUGUAGAGUGGCAGGAUGCAGCAGUUUUAAGACACAAUUGUUAA